CACAACCACUUUCUCCCUCUGCUCGCUUUAUUCUGCAAUUCGCCGCAAAGAUCGCAAGCAUUUGCUGGUGUUGCGUGCGUGUUACCGGUACAAUAUCAGUAAGUUGAACCCUCCGAAUCAGAGCCACCCACGCCAGCCAGGAAGCAUGUCGGAGUACUCGGAGAUGGCGCACAAGCACAUGGCCAACGCGCCCGGCAGCGCCGUGAAUGACAGCUACAACCCGGUCUACCAGCCUCAGAUGCACAUGCAGGCGCCGCCUCCGCAGCAUCCCGUGCGCUUCCAGGAGCUGCCUCGCCUACAGGUGCCUCCUUUCGCACUCACGCAGCAGUCUCCGGCUUGGAAAAUGCCGCAGGAGCAGCCUGCGCCGCGUAUGAGCGUGUCCAACCUUCUCUCCGGGAGCUUCCGGAGUCGCGCUGCGCCGCAGCAGACCCCUCUGCUGACUCCCCCGUCCCCUCCUGCCCCAGUACAAGCGCCCGCUCCGGCUCCUCGCCGUCUACCGAGUUUCGCUGACAUCUUGGCUCGAACGAACCUCCUGCACCUGAUGGGCCGGUCGAGCGAGCCCACGGAGGCCCCCGCUCCCGCCAUGGAGGCGCCUAUGGAGGAGGAAAUGCAGAUGCAGCCGCAGCCGGAACAGCAUAUGAUGGCUCCUAUGUACCAGCCACAGCCAAUGCAGCCCAUGGAAGGCAGCUACACGGCGUACGCACCACCUCGCGUGGACACUAACAUGAACAUGGACACGUCGUCUACUAUGGGCGAUGAACUGCAGAGCCCCAUGGGCGCAGCAUCGCCCGUGAGCCAGACGAGCGAGACCAAUAAGCGACGUGAACGCUGGACGGAAGACGAACACGCCCGCUUCAUGGAGGGCCUGAACCGUUACGGACGCAAGUGGAAGAAAAUCCAGACGUUCGUUAAGACCAAGACGGCCGUACAGGUGCGCACUCAUGCGUACGGCUACUUUGCCAAGCUAUUGCGUAAUAUGCCCGAGGACGACGCCAUCUGGGAGCUCGCCGAGGAAAUGAGCUCCCUGCCUGGCGCCGUACUCAAGGGCCCGGGCAACGGCAAGCGCCGUAAUGAGCCCAAGACGGAUGAGGCCGGCAUGGAAGUGCUCCGCCGCUUUGUGUUCUCUAAAAAGAAAUCGGAGGACAAGAAGCAACUCCCGGCCUCUAGUAAUGACGCGAAUGAGGACCGCGAGAACGUGGAGAUGGCCGAGUCGACGCCCUCUAACGCCAACUCGCAGCCCACGGGGUCGUGGAGCUCCACGCAGCAGUGGAAGGCUGACGACUCGGACGCGCUGCUGGAGAUCAAGCGCCAGCGCCUGAAUUAGUAGUAUAUUUUUGCGGCCCCCAUGAGUGGAAAUUGUAGGCAUCAGAAUAAUAGGACACACAAAAGAUCACGACAAGUGUAUAAAAAGAAACGAUAUACACUCGGCAAACGCUAUUUAUUUGACGCAUACAAAUUUGGUGGUGGCAAUGAAGGCUGCAACGCGUUCCUAACAAC